CUUGAAAGGGGGAUAAAGUUUCUCAAUAAUAAGAAAUAUAUUCGGUACCUGCCGUUGGCUAUAUCAGGAGAGGAACAUUUAAAUAUGGUUAUGAUAAAUACUCUUUAUAGACCUCGUUUACAUACAGGGUUUCGAGAGCAUCACUCCUGCGGCAUGACACUGUGUUGGACCUACACGACUCACCCCAAGAUCAGACGGUAUCUUCGUUCGGGAAAUUCCCAACAGGGUCAUUUGUUUGUUCCGAGUAGUUACGGGAAAGGCGCUGAUUGGUUCGUGGAUGGCCGGUUCCACUGCGUUUUUCACGAAGAGGGUACUCCACAUCGUCUGUGAAGAGUAUCUCUUUUUCUGCUCCUUUAGCUGUUCAAGAUUUUCAACAUCUACAUAUUUUAAUUUUCGUAAGAAUUAUUUAUAAAGCGUACAUUCUUGCAGAGUAGCUGAAGCGAAAGGAUUUCUAUUUGUAGACUUCUAAGCGCCUCAAAUAUUUCGGUUUGGUAUCGCCGAAGGUAUUAUCAUCCCCAACGUGCGUUUGCAGCGCGUCUGCUUCGGGUCUGUCUUGUGGGGGAAGACGUGGCAAGACGAAAUACUGCCUUGGAAUUGUUUCUGGUUCAUUUUAAUGUUUUUUUCUCCCCGUCUUCGACAUUCUCUGGGAACUAUAUAAGCUCUUCCUGCACGUGUCCAUCUUCAGAAACCUCUAGAGGCAUCCGGCGAUGCAGAAGUGAACCCAUCGCCUGAAGAAUGGGGCUUUCCCAGGCAGGCACCCCAACGCCCGCUCUUCCUUCAUGGCGAUUCUAAGCUCUGCAGUGCCCCACGCCCUAGUCAGCUCCAGGGGCUGGACAGUGUAGUGAGUACCAGGAGGACCCCAAUGCUCGUGGGAGAGCAAGGCGACAAGGGGACUGGUGCUGUGAUGACGCUGAUCGCGGAGAAGCUGCGGGAGCCGCGGCUCUGCGACGGACCCCGCGAGCCCUAUGGCGUCAGCCUGCGCACGGAAAAACUCCGGCAAACACUUGGACAGUACCCGUAUGAAAGCCAUGUGCUGAUGGUCCCGGGAUCUCCUGCUCUCCUUCCAGCAGAAGAAAAGCCAUGGAGGUCAACCGACGGCAGCUGCAGUGAGCAGACUGGAAUUGCCUCAAGCUCCCUCACACUUCCCUUCGGUAACGGCAGUGGGCAGAGCCCAUCGUGGCCGCCGCCCCGGCCCACCCCUGGGACUGCCAUGUGGUCCGAGGCUGCCGGAGCAGUGCUCCUUCCUGGCUGGAUCAGCGAUCUGAGUCUGAAUGACAAUGGUGGGUCUGUUCUGGCCCCGCCCACUAAGCGCCACUGCCGGUCCUUAUCUGAGCCAGAUGAACUUUCCCGUUGCCGGUCACCUUGGAAGCCCGGCAACAGCUCCAAGAUCUGGACUCCGAUAUCCAAGAGGCGCUGCAAUAGUGGGGGCGUGGCCUCACUGCAGUAUGGUGGCGUGCAUGGAAGCUGCGGCUCGGCCGCUGCCCCUCCCGUCUACUCCUCCUCCUCCUCCUCGCCUCCAGGUGGCUGUGGCUUCUUCUCUGUCCCCUGUAGUGCCUUUGCUCCAGCUGUGUCCCCUGUGCCGCGGCCCUCGUCGGCCAGCAGCGGCUUCGUGGACUGCAGCGGGCGCAGCAGCGGUGCCUCCUCCUCCUCCGCCCCUCCCUGGCCUGCCGGCAGGUCCCCCGACCUCUCGCCCUGCCGCCGGUUUUCGCUCUCCCAGGAGCACAUUCCCGAGGCCCACGGCCUGCCGGCCUCCUCCAGCAGUAGCAGCCCGGCCUCCAGCCCGGAGCUGGGCCGCCAUGCGGGGUUACUGCGCUGCCGCUCCCAGCCCUGCGUGCUCCAAGAGCGCAAGGCGGGCCUGAAGCGACCCCGGGAGAACGAGGCACGCUGGAGCCGGCCCUCGCUGGACUUCCUCAAAAUGACUCAGACUUUAAAGAACUCCAAAAGUCUAUGUUCCCUGGAUGACGAGGACCUUCACAUGAGGACCAUUGUCUCGUCGCCAUGUGGCUCCGCCGAUGACCUUGUGAACAUCAUCACUCCUGGCUCCAGCCCUGUCAGAGAGCUGUUGGAGGUGUCGGCCAGCCAGCGGGGUCUGGACCCCCAGCAUGACCCACUCCACCUUCCCCCGCAGCGACCUGGAUUCCGCCGGGCCGUGGUUGCGGGUGAGAGCGAUGAGGACAUCAGUGACGCUGACAGCAUCGAGGAGAGAAUCUUCCCAUUGUACUGUGGAGACUUGGAUCUAGAACAGAUCGAGAAGAACUAAAUCUGGAAUCCAGAAAGUGGCCGAUUGUUGUUUUUUUUUUUUAUAAUAAUUAAGGAAGGACAUUAAAAUAUUUUAGGUUACUGGUCGACAGAACUGUCGUUAGCUAUUGUAUUUUGGAAAUAUUUUGGAUGGAAAAAUUCCAAAAAUAACAGGUAGAUGGUUUUUUGCAUUGUAAACUAGAUGGGAGAAUAACAGGCUUGUUAUACAAGAUUAAAAAUGGCAUUCAUUCAGGCUGCUUCUCAUGACAUUUCAGGAUAUAGAAUUCAGUCAGACUUUUUGUGGAUUCAAACUGACUAAUUUAACUGAUUUAAAUAUCGCCUGUUUUCCGUUCCAUGCUCGAACAUUUCUGACCUGUUAUAUGAUAGUAGUAUGUCACUGUUCAAGAGUUCCUUUCAAAGCGGUCUGUGGACUUGUCCCCUGAUUCAUUAAGCUGGAAGUUUGGUUCUAAUAGGAGACGGUUUGUCUCAAAAUCCUUUUGAGUUCAUCCUCAGUUAGGGAUUAGUACUGUCACUGCUUAUCAACAUGUGUCCAUCUGCCUGCUGUAGACCUCAGCUGAAAAGCGAUUGUCUUAAGUGCCUUAAAGGCCAGUGUUAAUGCAACCCUAUGAAUGGCUCCAAUACUGACCCCUGUAUCAGAGGCCUUAGCAACUGGUAAACUACCAAUUCAAAUGCAACAAGAUCUUCCAUUAAAUAAUGCUUAUGGAAAACUUAAUGUCUCUAUAGGUAAGAGAACAUAUGCGAAUGGACAAUUGAACAAGUGUUUAAUGCUACAAAAAUGAUCAUUUAGUACUUUGGGUAAUUUACCCAAAGCGGCGCUUCCAAUUAAAAUAGCUCUAUGAUUGUUCAUUUGUACAACAUUUAAAGGGAGUUUCCACUCCAGUUCUGCCUGACAUUAGAUAAUUCACUGUUUAUUGGAAGGAACAUCUUUGCGAAGUUUUACUGAAAAAUGUGUGAUACUCACCAGCUCCAAGCAUUUCUGUAUCCAUUUUUUUUUUGCUGAAUCAAGUUUUAAAUCUUGUCAACACUGGACACUUUUUUAAAUACAAAGAACAAUCUUAUAUUGCAUUUAUGCUGAGUUUGGCCUCAGAGGAUCUGUGGUUCCUUUGACACAAUGUCUAACAAAAAUGGUCCUUUUCUUACCUGUGACAAAGUGAAUUCCUACCAAAGGAAUCAUGUAACAGCUUCUGAAAAUAACUUGUAUUUUGAUGGAAUUUCCCUAUAAAAUGUGUGAAAACAGCACAUAAGGUGAAUGUUUGCCUUGUCAAUGACUUAAUGCACACUGUACCUUACAAAUGGAAACAUGAAUUUUAGAUGUUGGAUUGGGAAGGGAGUUAAUAUGGAAUUUGAGCUGUUGCUUGAAUAAAUGAGUAAGAAUA